AUGAAUUUUGACCAGAAGGCCGUUAAAUUCCUGGCAAAUUUUCACAUCUAUGGAGGCAAACACUGGACCCACGGCCCCCUGAGACAGAUGACACUUCUGCCUUCCCUGUACCUCCCGGGCGACGGGCGGGCUGGGCAGCAGAGGGGGUUGGCCAUCGGGCUGGGCCAACAGCGGCUGUCCACGACUCUCGCAGGAGGCCCGGUGCUGCUGUGCUGCUGUCAGCCCUGGAGCUGGAGCUGGGGGCCGCCUGGGGUGAGAGGUGGCCCCCAGGGGUGCAGGAGCUUCCAGCAGGCCCCAGGAUGCACAUGGGCCUCCUCUCUGAGCCCCCACCCGCCUGCGCCUGGACCCAGAAGGAGCCGUGUGAGGAAGGGUUCCUGCUACCCCAGCCCCAGUUCCUUCAGAAGGCAGGCAGGGGCUGCGGGGGCGCCCCCGGGAGGACCCAGACCCAGAGCUUGCUUUCUGCCAGUGCUGGAGCGACGCUCUCCCGUCGGGACCGACAUGGAUGUCCCCGGCCCCGCCAGGUACCAGGGGCCAGAUGCUUCCAUACGCUCGUCCUUCCCACACCCUUACUUCAGCAUCGGCCGCAAGCACCCCCCCCACGAGGGCGGCGGCCGCAGGGCCUGGCAGACCAUGUGGUUCCAGAGCGAAAGCCCCUUCACCCAGAAAGCUGACUUCAACCAAGAGCAAAAGUGGCCGUCACCUGCUGACUACCAGCCGCUCAGCCCGCCUGCAGGGCCGGCCUUCAGCUUUGGGGGCCACCCCGGCUCCAGGACCCCCCGGGCCAGAGCCCUCCCCGGGCAGCUGCAGGCACGGGGUGUGGGGCCCUGGGCCCAGCGCCCCCUGCAGCCCCCUCCUCCGGCCCCACGGGACGAGACGGGCCCCAGCCCCAACAGCUACAACAUCCUUCCUGGGUGCCGCCUGAGGAGCCCGAGCCCGCCCGCCUUCUCCAUGAGCCGCUCGCCGCUGCUUGCCUCCUGGGUGGGCUCCUCCUGCACCCCGGGCCCCACCGCCUACGACGUGGAGGACCGCUACAGCACACGCUUCCCCUGGGCACCCCGGGUGGUCAUCCAAGGCGUGCGAAGACCCAAGCGCCACGACACGGGCCCCUUCUGCACACUCUAG